AUGCCGGUGACCGAGCACAUCAGCGUGCACGUCCGCGUGCGCCCUCUGAGCGAUGCCGAGGUCGAGCGAGGCGGGGGGGCAUGGCGGGAGGUGGGGAACACCCUCUACCAGGUGGACCCCGCCACAGACAUCCGGGUCUCCGACUCGCCCUACACCCUGGACACCGUUUUCGACGGCCGGACCACCACCCGGGAGGUGUACCUGGCCACCACCCAGGCCAUCAUCCACCAGGUGGUCCAGGGCUUCAACGGCACCGUCUUUGCCUACGGCCAGACCAGCUCUGGCAAGACGCACACGAUGCGGGGGGGCGGGGAGCACCCCGGCAUCGUCCCGCUGGCAGUGCAGGAGGUGUUCGACCUGAUCGCCGCCACUCAGGACCGCGAGUUUCUCCUCCGCGUCUCCUACAUGGAGAUCUACAACGAGGACAUCAAUGACCUGCUGGCACCGGAGAACCAGCGCCUGCACGUGCACGAGAGCAAAGAAGCCGGCGUGCACGUGGCCGGCCUGCGCGAGGACAUCGUGUCCUCCCCGGAGCAGGCGAGCUGGGUGGUGUUGGCACUGCUGGAGGAGGGGGAGCGCCACCGGCACGUGGGCGAGACCAAGAUGAACAAGACCUCCUCCCGCUCCCACACCAUCUUCCGCAUGGUGGUGGAGUCGCGAUCCUUUGCCGACGCGGCCGGCGGCCCCUCCCCCGACCCCGACGACUUUGGCGCCAUCCGCGUCUCCUCCCUCACCCUGGUGGACCUGGCGGGGUCGGAGCGCAUGGCCAAGACGGGCGCGGAGGGGCAGCGCGCGCGUGAGGGCGCGGCCAUCAACAAGUCCCUGCUCACCCUGGGCACGGUGAUCAACAAGCUGAGCGAGGGCGGGGGCGCGGGGUCGCACAUCCCCUACCGCGACUCCAAGCUCACCCGCAUCCUGCAGCCCGCGCUGGGGGGCAACGCGCGCACCGCCAUAAUCUGCGCCGUCACGCCCGCCGCGCUGCACGUGGAGGAGAGCCACAGCACGCUGCGCUUCGCCUGCCGCGCCAAGCGCGUGGUCAACAACGCCACCGUGAACGAGGUGCUCAGCGACGCGGCGGUGCUGAAGCGCCAGGCGCGCGAGAUCGAGGAGCUGCGCACCAUCCUGGAGGGGUCGGGGUCGGCGCGCGAGGUGGAGACCCAGAUCCACAGCCUGCGCGCCGAGCUCCUGCGCAAGGAGCAGGACAACGAGCGCAUGCAGCUGGACCUGGCGCUGGAGAAGGAGGAGAGGGAGCGCGCGCAGCGCAAGAUCGACAGCAUGACGCGCAUGAUGCUGGACGGCGCGCGCGGCGGCGACGCGGAGAAGCCCAAGUCGAAGCGCGAGAACCGGCGGGAGACGUGGUGCCCGGGGGCCGGUCAGCGCAAGCGGCCCCUCCUCCCCGCCCUGGCCGGGGCGGUGGAGGAGGGCGAGGAGGAGGGUGGGGUGGAGGAGGAGCUGGGCGAGGCAGGGGCGGAGCGCCCCGCGCUCCCGCCCUCCAGGAGGUCCGAGGGCGCCGCCCUGCUCCUGCCGGGCCAGGCGUCGCCGCCGCACAAGCUCAGCCGCGGCAGCGGUGGGUCCUCUGGUGUAGAGCGCAUGGAAACCGGCGAGCAGCAGGCGGCCGACUGCCCCAGCGAGGAGGUCAGGCUGCUGCGCGAGCAGGUGGCGGAGCUGACCACCGCGCAGGGGUUCAUGCAGCGUGAGCUGGACCGCAUGGUCGAGCUGGCCGGCGAGCAGGCAGAGGCCCUGAGGCCAUCCAUCAGCCGCGGAAAGGGUCGCGCAUCCCUGCUGCAGAUGAAGGAGAUGGAGUGGCGCAUCCGGCAGCUGGUGGGGCAGCUGGAGGAGGCCCAGGCCCGGCUCCAGGAGACGGAACAGGUCUGGUUGGAGGCUGCUGCACUGGAGGCGAAUGCCCGGGAGGAGAGCCAGCAGGCUUGGCGUGCACAACAGGAGGCCCUGGAAGCCAGGUGCACCGACCUGGAUGCCAGCGCCCAGACCCUGAAGCAGGAGGUGAGCAUGGAGGCACUGCAACUGAAGGCUGAGCUCCAGGCUGCAACUGACAGGCUGGAGGAGGUGGGGCGAGAGCGCGCGAUCUCUGAUGCCAAGAGCGCGCGUCAGAAGCAGGAGCUUGACGAGCUGGCAGCCACAGUUGCUGCGCACACAGAAGAGAAGGCGGCUGUCAAAGCUGCAGCUGACACGGCCAAAGAGAAGCUGGCGGAAGCCGAGUCCCGCGUGCGCAACCUGUAUGAGGAGAACACCCGUCUCACCGCGCAUAUCUCGGACCUGGAGUCUCGGAAGCGCGCCCCGCUCUACCAGAAGAAGCAGGAGGAGGAGCUGCGUGCAGCCCUGGAGGGUGCCAAGGAGGCCGAGAUCCGGGCUGUCGCAGCAGAGCUGGCAGCCAAGGAGGCCAGGGUCAACGAGGAAAGCGCAACCAGCACUGUGUCAGAGCUACGCCAGACCAUCACUCGCCUGGAGGGGGCGGCACAGGAGGCGGCGCUGGAGGCCAGCGCCAGGCUUGAGGCCGCCCAUGCAAAGGCAGCCACCGAGACUACCCGCCUUGAGGCCGCGCUUGAGCUGAUGCGCAGCGAGCUUACCGCCCAGCUGGAAACUGCGACAGCAGCCGCGGCUGUGGCCGAGGUGAAUUUCGAGCAACAAGGUGCUGAGCUGGAGGAUGCCCGCGCCGAGAUGUGCAGGCUGGAGGAGGAGAUCGUGGGUCUGAAGGCCUCUCUUGAGGAGGUCCAGGCCUGUGCGGACACGGCCACCGUGCACAUUCACUUCCUAGAGGAGAAGGGGGAGGCCGACGCGGCUGCAGCUGCAGAAGCGGCGGAGGCAGCCUCACGCCAACUUCUCGAGACCAGGCGUGUUUCGGAUGCCCUGGCUGCUGCCGAGGCUGCCACCCAGCAGGCCCUCAUGCAGGCUGCAGAAGAGGCAGCACGUCUGGCUCAGGAGCACGAGGCGGCGGUCUCAGCUGCCCUGGCGGCGCAUGAGGAGGAGUUGGGAGCGGCGCUGGUGGAGAGGCAGGAGCUGGUGGCCAAGCGGCGGGAGCUGCAGGACACCCUCAAGGACCUGCGCCGGCGACAUAAGGAGGACGUGGCGAGGCUGAGCCUGGCCCUGAAGACCGCGACGCAGGGGUCCAAGGGCACGGAGAAGGCCAGCGAUCGCGCCCAGAAGGAGGCCGAGAAGCUGAGGUCAAAGGUGACCGAGCUGGAGGCCAAACUGCGGGCCGCCGUCCAGGACAAGAACUCUGCGCAGAACGAGAAGGCUGCGGCGGAGAGGGAGCUCAAGGCGAUGCGCUCCCAGGCCGAGCGCCUGACCAAGAACAUGGACAAGAUCACUGGCGUGGAGGAGAAGAAGCGCGAGUCCAUCAUGGUGGGAUUCAAUCAGACAAAGAGCCGGCUGCAGAUUGCUGAGGAGGGCCUCCACCGCGCCUCAGUGGAGGUCGAGAAGCUGCAGUUCGAGCUGUCCAUCAAAGCAGGGGAAGCACGCGCCCUUGAUGAAGAACUGCAGGAGAGCAAGGGCGAGGUGGCUCGUCUGACAGAUGAGCGAGACGGCCUCACCGACCAGCUGGCGGCGGCGAGCGAGGAUGCCGAGGGCCUGAGGAAUAGCCUGGCGGCCUCUGCCGCGUCGACACAGGCCCUCUCCGAGGAGAAGGACGCCCUCGCGACUUUACUCGCCCAAGGGGAAGACAGGCUGGCCGACAUGGAGGCCGCCCUGGCGCAGGGGCGUGCGGAGGCGGCUUCCCGAGAGGAAAAUAUUGCGUCGUUGGCCGCGCGCAUCGAGGAGGGGCAGAGGGAGCUGGAGGCCGAAAGUGCAAAGGUGGGGGACCUCAAGAAAGAGCUGGAGUCGGUGCGGGUCAGGCUGACCGAGCAGGAGGCUGCGCACGCGCAGGCCGCGGAGGCGGCCGCGGAGCGUGAGGCAGUGGCGCGCUCCACCGUCGAGUGCCUGGAGACCGAGGCCCGGGAGCUGGCGGACCGGCUGCGCGGCGCGGAGGCCGAGCUUGCGGAGCGCUCUGAGGCCGCCCGGAGCCUGAAGGCUGAGCUUGACCUGGCGACGCAGGAGCUGACCCGCCUCCAGGGCGCGCUGGCGGCGGCAAAGACUGCAAACUCGGAGCUGGAGGGCAGCCUGGGGACGGCUCGGGCGGAGCUCGCCGAGCUGGGGGCCGCACACGUCGGGCUAGAGCGUGCCAAGGCCGAGCUCGAGGCAGCCCUGGCCGCCGAGAGGGAGGCGGGCGUCGCGGCAGAGGCCAGGAUUGCGCAGGCCCACGAGGAGACUGCAGAGUGCCAGGCGACGCUCCUGGCCGCCCAAGAAAACCUGGCGCAGGCAGGAGCAGAGGCCGAGGCCCGCCAGCGACAUCUGACUGCGGAGGUGGAAGAUGCCAAGGCCGUGGCGGAGGCGGCGCGGGCGAGCUGGGGCGAGGAGACGGCAGCGCUGUCGGCCCGGAUCGAUGAGCUCGAGCUUCAGCUGACCGGCGCAGCUGAGGCGCUCGCGGCGUCGCGGGCAGCCCAGGAGGCUGACGAGGCGCAGGCCAGCCAGGUGCAGGAGGUGCUGCGUGCCGAGAGCGAUGCGCUGCGGCAGACCCUGGCUGCAGCGCAGGCCGACCUCCAGGCCGCCCAUGCGGCUCACGAGAGCGAGCUGGCCCAGCUGCAGUGCACGCUGGACCAGGCACAGGAGGCACAGCAGACCGCGCUGAGGGACCUCCAGGCUUGUCGGGCAGACCUGGAGAAGUCGCAGGAGGAGUGCACGGACCUGGACAUGCGGGCCAUGCAGGCCGAGGGCCAGUCCGCUGCGCUGAGGCAGGAGGUCGUCGGCCUGAAGGAGCAGGCCGAUGCCUGGAGGGAGGAGCGCAGCAUGCUCAGCACGCAGCUCGCUGAGCUGGAGGACGCACUGCGGGCAGCCCAGGAGGCUGCGAACAUGGCUCGCCAGCGCUUGGGAGCAGCUGAGACCCGGGCCGAGGCCGCGGAGGAGGAGCUGCGUGGAGCGGAGCUGAGGGUGGCGGCGGCGCGCCGCGAUGCGCAGGAGGCAGAGGUCCAGUGCCAGAGGCUGCGGGACGAGGUGGAUGCAGUGGAGGAGCAGCUCCUUGCCAGCGCCGACGACCUCCAGAAGCAGUCUGAGCAGGCCGCCGCUCAGCUCCAGGCCCUGCAGACCGAGCUCGCGGCAGCCCGCGCUGUGCAGCAGCGACAACAGGUCCCGCCCUCGCCGGACCCGGCGCUGGCGGAUCGCUGCGCCGCCCUGGAGGCGGAGCUGCGCAAGUCGAAGCGCAGGGAGGAGAAGCUGCAGGCGCUGCAGUACCGGCUGCGCGAGGACGUCAAGGCCUGCGGCGGCGACCUGGCGCGGCUGGAGGAUCUGAGGGAGCGGCGCAGCCUGGAGUACGAGCUGGACCGCACCCAGAACCGGGCCAGCAGGGAGAAGGCCGCGCUGCGGGACCAGCUGCGGGCGGCGCUGGCCAAGUGCGCGGCUCUGGAGGGGGGGGUGAAGGGGGGUGCGCCCCGCCCCGGCGUGCUGCAGGCCAGGGAGAAUGUGCGGCCCUGCUAA